UGCUUAAAAAGGUUAAGUUACAUCACCAAAAACUUACAAAUGAAAGUCAAUGAUGAAAGCUCGACUGUCCGAUAUAAAUUUCGACGACAACUUAUGUACCACCAUUUGGAGAGUAUCAAUUGGAAAUAGUAAUGUGAAUGACUACAGCUCGCCGCAAAAAUACGUGAAUAACUCAUCACCAGGGAACACGCGGAGUGCAAUUUUCAAGAAAACAACACUAAAAAUGCCAUAUGAGAUGUAUUACAGUGCCAACAAUAAUAACAAUCACCAUGAAAACAGCAACAAUGGCUCAUUGGCUCUGCUGCACACUCCCAUAACUGACAUGGAUUCAACUACCAACACGCUCGUGUAUGGUGCGUACGAGCUGGAUGUCAUCAAUCGCUCGCUGGUGUUGACAGCAAAUGUCAGUGCCAACACAACAUCUCUCAGCAAUAUCAUCAACCCUCCCCCAAUAGUGUUUAUGACCAAUACUAUGAAGAACGUCACAACUACCAUUGACGCGGACGAGGAAUGGGCGCGUUUCUACGACUUGAUGCUGUCGUGGCAGGGCAUUUGUCUAAUUGCUGUCUUCAGCACCUUUAUUGUGGUCACUAUCAUCGGCAACACGCUUGUCAUACUGGCCGUUAUAACAACGCGUCGUCUAAAAACGGUCACGAACUGUUUUGUGAUGAGUUUGGCUGUAGCUGAUCUGCUGGUGGGGAUAUUUGUGAUGCCACCUGCAGUGGCCGUUCAUUUAAUAGGUUCCUGGCGCCUUGGUUGGGUAUUAUGUGACAUUUGGAUAUCACUGGAUGUGUUGCUAUGCACGGCGUCUAUAUUGAGCCUCUGUGCUAUUAGUGUUGAUAGGUACUUGGCAGUUACGCAACCUUUGACAUACUCACGCAAAAGGCGCUCAAAGCGUUUGGCAUUCUGUAUGAUUUUGAUUGUCUGGGUGUUGGCAUUGGCUAUCACCUGCCCACCAAUGCUAGGUUGGUAUGAGCCGGGGCGACGUGAUCUAAAUGAGUGCCGCUACAACCAGAACGAAGGAUAUGUGAUUUUCUCUGCAAUGGGCUCAUUUUUCAUUCCAAUGGCUGUUAUGAUUUAUGUUUAUGCGAGAAUUUCAUGCGUCGUUGCAUCGCGCCAUGACCAUAUGGCAGACAUAAGUGUACAUAAUAAGAAAUUCAAGCGCUACACAGCCGCCGACGUUGAAGCUGACAUGGACCACGACUUUUCUGAACAGGAGCUUAGUUCGGGUCAGCGCAAGCAUACAGCUGCACGUACAUUAUCCAAUCCAACCCUUGCCAAGGAGUUACACGACAUGAUGCUGUCUGAAGGGGAGAGUGGUGUGGCGAAUGCGACGGCGGCAAUAAAUGGCAACGGAAAAGGCAGUGGCGGUGAGUCCUCCUCCCAUUGUCACUCACUUUUAACUCUCGCAACAGCCAAUACCAAGAAUAGUUGCUAUGAAUUAACGCGCCCAUCGUCCCUUAAACGAACGCCUACUUCGUCCUCCACAGUAACAGUAAUUACAAGCGGUUGUGGUGGUGCCAGCGGCACCAGUGGCGUCGGCGACACUCUAAAUGUUUCUGCAGUUGAUAGUGCGAGCGCCAGCGAUCAGCAUUGGCCUUCACGUACACUUAGCAUUCGGCAUCACCAUCACAUUGGCACGUCUAGCAGCACUUCAGGUAUAAGUGGAAACGUUUUGGUUGGUAAUGUGACCACAUUGCCAAAUCUGCAACCGGAAGCCGCUGCAUUGACGCGGCACACACGAAUCCAUCACCAUCACACUAAAUCUUUUUCGAACCGCGUCACUUCGCUUAAGAAGGAGAAUAAAACUACACAAACUUUGAGCAUUGUCGUUGGGGGCUUCAUCGCCUGCUGGUUGCCGUUUUUCAUCUACUAUCUUAUAACCCCCUUCCUAGAAGAGCAUGAAGUUAGCCGCACUCUGGCGAAGGGACUAACCUGGUUGGGGUGGUUCAACAGCGCCAUAAAUCCGUUCAUUUAUGCAUUCUACAGUGUUGACUUUCGUACGGCUUUCUGGCGGCUGACGUGCAAACGCUUCUUCAGUGGUUCUAUGAAACCGCAGUUUCCAACGAACACCAUGUCCAUUAGACGAUAGUUAUACGCUUUGCAUGCAUAUUACGCAUAGUUUAAUAAGCCACAUACGUACAUAUAUAGUUACAUGCAUAUGUAUGAUAGCAUGUUCAUGUACAAGUAAACAAAUACAUAUCGCUCAUUUACUUCAAUAGUGUCAUAACUAGACAUCGGUAUGAAAUUGCAUGUAUUUGUUUAGUAUCAAAGAGAUCCUGGACCAAGACAGAAAUUCUAAACGUUGAUUUUUAAA